ACAGUCACUUCUACUGUGAAACCAACCGUCUCCAUGUCUGAUACCUUGGGACCUCAGUAUACCUCGACUUACACCACGACGAAGCCCGACGGCUCUGUGGAAACAGAGUGUAUUGUGGUUAUCGUUACAACGGAUGCUGCCGGUUCUCUGACCACAAGAGUUUCGACGAUGAUGAGUGGUUACAAUUCAGAAAGUAUACUGACGAGAUCUCCAGAGGAGUAUAGCUUGAAGACCUCUACGUCCACUGCUUAUGCGGCAAGUGUGCCUCCUGAUACUAGCUACACAAUCGAAGUUGUCUCGACUUUAACAACUGUCGUUUUUGGACCAAGCUCGUCUUUAACUACCAUGGUGACAUACACCCUGACUGCGUGUAUCAACUGUGAUUACGGCGAAUUAGCUAGUGAGUCGGCAUACUAUCUGAGUACUGCCACAGACUUGGGCCCUAUGAGCGAAUCUCAAACAUCAUCAAUUUCGACUUUUAAUAGAGCUGCAUCCAGCUCUAGGCUUCUGGGUAUGGUUCUUGUGCCCUUGUUAGCAAUUUUGCUCUAGUUGUUCCUUUUUGAAGAUUCUGAUAUUUUCUUUUGCUGUACCAUAUUUUCGAGGAUGUUAGCUUGGACGAUGUUUUUCCCUUGAUUUUGUUGAUCAUUGCCUUGAGUUUAGCCGCCG